GACCCAUGUUGUUUUGCCCGGUUGCAGAAAGGUCGACAAAAUAUCACAUAUACAACUCCUUAGGAAGAUAAGCAAACAGAACAAUGCCUGGGGUGAAGCGGAAAGCUUCUACCACUCCUGGGGAUAAGCUCCCAGCUAAACUAAAGAAGCAGUCCACCAGCGUAACCUUGGAUCGGGCUAUCCCGACCUCGACACAGAAAACAUCGAAGAUAAAGAAAGCUGCUCUGCCAAAUAUAAAUGAAAGUCCAGAUAUCCCCAAAAAGAUAGCUGGAGGAAAAAAAGAAAAUAAGUCCAUGCCUCCGUUACCAAGAUUUCCUACUCUAGUGCCAACAAAACCAGGUGGUACAACAGAGUCUGAUUUUGUGUUCAAUAUUUCUCCAAGUUCUAGUCCCCAAAAAGAUAAUUUGUCAGAAAGUGGUAUACCAUCUAAGUCAUCAAAGAGUGAUGUACCUGAACUAAGAAAAGAAACCACAACAUUAAUUACAACAAAAUCUUCAGAUGAUUGUCCUGGUAAUAAAGCUUCGAACAUAGAGAAGAGUGUGCUUAAGUUAUCAUCUGGUUCCUAUGUUGGUCGAAUCAUGAACAAAGACAUUGAUGAUCAGAUGUUGCCUUCACUUGAAUCCCUUGCUGUUUAUGAACAGAAACAGAAAAGUAAGACGUCAGAUGCCCCAUUCACCUGGGACAUGACAGACACUGAUACUUCUCCAGUGCGCAAAUCAGUUUAUGAUGUUAGUGCUGUUCUGAACAUAUUAGAGCAAGAAAAUUCACCAACAAAAUAUAGUUUAGGUGGUAAUACUAGUGACAAUGAGAGCGAUGCUCCCCCUGUGCUUCAGGCUGAGGUAUAUGAUGAGACAUCUUGUGAAAACUUUGAUGAAGAUGAUGCUGUUCCAACUCUAACUUGUAUGGGUACUCCAUCCAAGUCCCCAUCCAAGUCUCCCCGUAAAAUGACCGGAGGACCAAGAGAAAUUGUGUUUUCAUUUGAUACGACAGGGUCCAUGUAUAACUACAUGGAGGAGGCUAGCUACAGGAUGCGAGAACUCAUGAAUCGUGUCCAAGAGGACAUGCCUGGAAUUCGUCUGGCCUUUGUUGCACAUGGUGAUUAUUAUGACUUGGCAAAUGACCGAUAUCUCAUAAAGUGGAUAGACUUCGGUGCCAGUGUAGAUGAGGUUGAUACAUUCUUUGAAAACCUUCCCAUAACACAUGGCGGUGAUGCUGAUGAAUGUUAUGAACUAGUGCUACGUAAGGUCCGAGAGUCCUUGUCCUGGACUGUGGGCAGUCAGCGCAGCCUUGUCAUGAUUGGAGAUUCUGAUCCACAUGAACCAGGAUACAAAUUCAACGACUUUGUCAAUGAUAUUGACUGGAGGCAGGAGACAAAACUGCUCAAUGAAAUGGGAGUGAGGAUCUAUGCUCUACAAGUUGGCUACACAUCAAACUUCUACAAACAGAUAGCACAGAUGACAAGCGGAGCUCACUUGCGCAUUGAGAACACUGACUUCACAUAUGACACCCUAAUGUCUAUAUGUCUAAGGGAAGGAGGACUUCGCCAUCUCAAGGGCUAUGAACAUGAGGUACGAACUGCUGCAAAGAAGUCUGGCAGCAAUGGAGGGACACUUGACUUAGAAUUGGAACGUCUGUUCAGUUCUCUGAAAAACAUUGCUGACAACAAAUCCCUCAAACAACGAGAGAGAGAGAACAAACUGAAAGCUCGGAUUCUAGAAAUGACAACAGAUCCCAAAACAUUGUCUGCUCCUAAGAGGUCCUCCGAAAAUGAAGGCAACACUUCUGACCAGAAGAAACCAAAGGUAUCAUUUAAGUCCCAAACAAAAGUAACUUCAGAUAAACCCAAGUUAUCUGACAGUGUCAGUCCCAAGAAAUUGACAAAGAUCAAAGAGAAAGGCCCCGACACAUCAAAAAAGAAUGCAUCGGUUGAAAAUAUGAAAAAGGUAUCCAAAACUAAAAUGUCGGCUACCAAAUCUGUGACACCCAAACCCAAGACAAAAAUACUCAAGGAAAAGGCUGCGGAAAAGAAAGGAGCAUUGAAGAUCAAAGGUAUCGAGAAGAAAAAAGGAGAUGGAAAAUUGAAGAAAACUACAAGUAAUGACAAGACAAAGAGACCAGUUGGUAGACCUCGUAAAGUUGUUGAAGCUGUAAAAGCCAGAGGAAGACCCCCAAAGAAAGACGAAGCUAAGAAAAAGGUUGGAAAAUCGCUUAAGAAGGUUGCCUUGAAAUCUCCUGGACGACCCCCUAAAACAUCACAAACUCCCAAAAAGUCUGUUAAGAAAGCAGAAAAGACAAAGAAAUCAUCAGAAACUCCUAAAAAAGUUGGAAGGCCAAAAACGAAAAUUGAAAAAGCUAGUUCUUCGGAAACUCCAAGAAAACGGGGAAGGCCAGUGAAAAACUUGGAAAAGAAUAAAUCUUCUGGGAAACCAUCUAAGGUAAAAACAUCCAAAACAGCUGGAAAAGCAAAGAAGAAAGUAGAAACUUCUUCAGCAAUGAAGAAAAAGGAAGAAACAUCUUUAAAAUCCCCAAGCUCAGUUGUUCAAAGGAUAGUGGCAGCUAAAUUAAAGCGUUUAGGGAAAGGAGGCACUAUCGCCAAAGUGAAGAUAAGUAAAAAGUUAAAAACUGUGGUAAAGAAAAAAGACAACAAGUCUAAAAUCAAGCCUAAAGUUGUUACAAAGGCAAAGUUGUCUGCAAAGUCUAAGAGCAAAGCUGGUGCAAAGAAAAAGCUGAAUUCAACUAAGGACAGUACUAAACGUAAGCCAACGCCAGCAAAACUGAGCUUGAAAAAGAAAGAAGGUAGAGCGAAGAUUGCAAAACUGAAAUCUGUCAAAAAAGUUCAAGAAAAAAAGAAAGCUGUAAAAGGGUCAUUGAAGGACAAGAAAAAAACUGUUAAAAAGGUAAUGAAAUCUACUAAACCUUUAAAGACAACUAAAAAGAAUGUAACUAAAGGGAAACCAGGCAGACCACCAAGUGUUCAACAGAAGGAGAAAACAAAAACUUCUAAAAAAUCUGCUAAAACAGAGACAAAGAAGGGGAAAACAAUUCCAGUAAAGAAAACCCCGAAGACUGACACCAAAAAAGUGAAGAGUGGCCCAGUGCAAAAGAAGCCUGUUAAGCCUAAAUCUCCACAGAAGACUAAAAGCAGUAACACUGAGCACAGAGAAAACAUCAGUGGAUCAAAAUUCAGUACUGGACCGCUUAGCAACGUGAAGUGGAGCCAAUGGGCUCCAAUAAUCUCCUCCAAAGCAGAUGGAGCUAACUGGUCAAAAUCACGUAGCUGGUGCGGUGGUCAUUCAAAUGAGUCAUUGUACAAAGGAGAGGGCAAUACUCAAGCCCUGUAUGAGGCAGCAGUGGUCCCGCCUAGCAGCAACAAUAAAUAUGUUGUGACUUAUGUUGUCGGACAAGGUGUCCCAGCUGUCCAAGUAUGGGACUGUUUUACUAAUUCAUAUGUGCGACAACAGGUGCAGCGCAUCAUCAAAGCCAAGGGUGCGAUCUUUGUUCGAAGGGGUGUAAUUGCUGGUCGUGCGAAAGACAGUCUUAUCAAAGCUGAGGAAUACAUCAAAGAGAAUUUUGAUUAUGCUUGGCGUGGAAGUCGUCGUACCACAGAAGUCAGAAAGGAAGGAUUUUUGGUAUCCAAACCCUAAAUCCUUGUGUUUCACUAUAUAUUUAAAUAUUCAAGCAGUCAUUUUGUGUGAAAAAAAUGUUGGGGGAUGCAUGGGAGGUUUUUAGUUUGUAUGAAAGUUUGAUUAGCUGUUGUUUUAGAUACAAUUGUACAAGUUAUCCUAUUUUUAUGUUUUUUAUUCUGAAUAUAUAACUUUUUCUUUUUUUAACUGUGAACCACAUUUUUCCACUGAUAAUCAUGUUAUGCACCAUCAUUUUAAGGCUGUAGGUAGAUAUUGAUUUUUAAGGACUCAACCCUACUCCUUAUUAAGUUUUAAAUUCUAAUGUUAUUCUGUAGACACUUGUAAAACCAGUCUUGUGUGAGAUGAAACUUGAAAAAAAUUUAAUAUUCCAUUUGGUCAAGUUUUAAAUGUUUAUAAAAGAAACGAAUCAUCAAAGAAUUAAAACAAUAAUUACCUUGAUUUUCUUAACAAGAAUUACGGAAAAAUAUAACUACAAAGAUAAUAGAAGAUGAUAAAUGUUCAGUUUGUGAGUUUCUAGGUUUUGUUACAAUGCUUUAAGAACUUUAUGUUAAUCUGAUUUACAGUAGUUAGUUGCUGGGAUAGUAAUGUGAAUUUUCUACUACAUACUGGGAGUGCUGAAAUCUGGUAAAAUUUAUGGAUUUACUAUCCUUUUCAAUAGAGUUCAGAAAUAUAGGAUAAUGUAUGAAAUUUGUCAUUAAGAAAACCACAUGAACAUCAGCUUAUUAAGGUGUUUUUUCAACUAUCAAUAAUGGAACAUGAAAAUACACAGUAAGUUGCACAUAUAUGUUGUGUAGAUCCUUCCUGUUAUCUCCAGAGAUUCAACAAUGGUAGUGAAUUAUAGUUAAAAGAUUGCUGAAAGAUAACACUUUCAUAAUGUCACAAGUUAAAGAUGUCAGUCUUUCGUAAUGUCAUUCACAAGUGAAAGAUGUCUGGCUUAAACAACAGAAUGAUUUGUAUAGAUACAUUGAAAUGUACAAUGUAGUUAAUUCCAAUGCUUAAGGAUGAUUAAAUCUUUAGAAAGUGGUACAGGUAUUUAGGUAAAAUCCUGCAUUUUCAUACAACUAACAGGGAUAACUGAGUUUCAUUUGAUGCUGAUGGGUAUGAUUUCUUUGAUUAAAUGGAUGGCUUAGCAUUAGAGGAAAUAGCAAAGUGCAACAUAACUACACAAAACAAUUUAAACAAAACAUUGAUUGGAAAGGAUACUGACACAUAUUUUCAGCAAAAUAUAUUCUAGUGUCUUUUCUAAGCAUUUUACAGUGGACGUGUUUCACCCUAAGAUUCAAGGUUUUUUUUAACCAAUUCAGGACAUUAAUUCCUUGUUGUGGUUAAUAAAUAACAAGUGAAGAUUAGAAAGACAACUUAAUUUCUGGAAUUAUCCAUGAACAAUAACACAUCAAUUAAAUUUAUCAAAAUACAUUUUUUAUGGAUUUAGUGAUUAGCAUAUUAAAUUGUUUUUUCAAAUUAGAAGAUAUGAAAAGUAAA